GAGGUGGACUAGUUUUCUUAGCGGAGGUGCGGAGUUUUUGACUCAGGACUGGUGUAGGGGGGCUACUGAAUGGGAGCAGUCACUGGAUUCGUGUGAUACCAACGCAAGCCACCCAGACUACCUACUACUGCCCAUCAUAUUUGACUUUUGGGGACGUUUAGGGCACAAAAAGAACAAGAUCACCCCUAUUACUCCUGCUGUCCCCUUCCCCUUUCCUUCCUCACGGAUUCUUCAGAAAGAGAAAUCCUUCCGAAAUGGCUCAGAUACUGCCGAUACGAUUUCAGGAACAUCUGCAGUUGCAGAACAUGGGUGUGAACCCAGCCAACAUUGGGUUCAGCUAUCUGACCAUGGAGUCGGACAAGUUCAUCUGUAUCAGAGAGAAGGUGGGUGAGCAGAACCAGGUGGUGAUCGUGGACAUGUCCGAUCCCACCAACCCAAUCAGGAGGCCGAUCUCUGCCGACAGUGCCAUCAUGAACCCUGCCAGCAAGGUCAUCGCCCUGAAAGACGCUGCCAAGACGCUGCAGAUCUUCAACAUUGAGAUGAAGAGUAAGGUGAAGGCUCACACUAUGACAGAGGAGGUCAUGUUCUGGAAGUGGAUAUCUGUAAACACUGUUGCCCUGGUGACGGAUUCGGCCGUCUAUCACUGGAGCAUGGAGGGGGAUUCCCAACCUACCAAAGUAUUCGAUCGGCACGCCAGUCUGGCGGGAUGUCAGAUCAUCAACUACAGAACUGACGAACAACAGAAGUGGCUGCUGCUGAUAGGGAUUUCUGCGCAGCAAAAUCGUGUGGUUGGGGCAAUGCAGCUCUAUUCAGUAGACAGGAAAGUGUCCCAGCCCAUCGAGGGGCACGCUGCUGCCUUUGGGGAGUUCAAAGUGGAGGGAAAUGCCAAACCCUCCACGCUUUUCUGCUUUGCUGUGCGCUCACAGGCUGGGGGAAAGUUGCACAUCAUUGAAGUUGGUCAGCCAGCUGCAGGAAACCAGCCAUUUGCUAAGAAAGCAGUGGAUGUGUUUUUCCCUCCAGAGGCCCAGACAGACUUUCCAGUAGCUAUGCAGAUUGGUAGUAAGCACGGUGUCAUAUAUUUGAUCACAAAGUACGGUUACAUUCACCUGUAUGACCUGGAGUCUGGAGUGUGUAUCUACAUGAACCGAAUCAGUGCAGAGACCAUCUUUGUGACCGCCCCACAUGAAGCCACCUCGGGAAUUAUUGGGGUCAACAAGAAGGGACAGGUCUUGUCAGUGUGCGUUGAAGAGGAAAACAUUGUCAAUUAUGCCACCAACGUCCUACAGAACCCUGAUCUAGCCUUGAGGAUGGCUGUGAGGUCAAACCUCGCUGGGGCUGAGGAGAUUUUUGCCAGGAAAUUUAACACUCUGUUUUCUCAGGGAAGUUAUUCGGAGGCUGCAAAGGUUGCUGCAUCAGCACCCAAGGGUAUCCUGCGGACAGCAGAGACCAUCCGGAAGUUUCAGAGUGUCCCGGCCCAGCCAGGUCAGGCCUCUCCACUGUUGCAGUACUUUGGUAUUCUGUUGGACCAGGGCCAGCUAAACAAGUUUGAAUCUCUGGAGCUGUGCAGGCCCGUCUUGCAGCAGGGUCGCAAGCAGCUACUGGAGAAAUGGCUGAAGGAGGACAAGUUGGAGUGCUCGGAGGAGCUGGGAGACCUGGUGAAGGCCUCUGACCCCACCCUCGCUCUUAGUGUGUACCUCAGAGCUAACGUCCCCAACAAGGUCAUACAGUGCUUCGCUGAGACCGGCCAGUUCCAGAAGAUAGUGUUGUAUGCUAAAAAGGUGGGCUACACCCCAGACUGGGUGUUUUUGCUGAGAAAUGUGAUGCGUGUCAAUCCAGACCAGGGGCUGCAGUUUGCUCAGAUGCUGGUCCAGGAUGAGGAGCCACUGGCCAACAUCAACCAGAUCGUAGAUGUGUUCAUGGAGGGCAACCUGAUCCAGCAGUGCACCUCCUUCCUGUUGGAUGCUCUGAAGAACAACCGCCCAGCUGAAGGACACUUACAGACACGUCUGCUUGAGAUGAACCUCAUACACGCCCCCCAGGUAGCAGAUGCGAUCCUGGGGAACCAGAUGUUCACCCACUAUGACCGUGCCCACGUUGCACAGCUGUGUGAGAAGGCAGGUCUGCUGCAGAGAGCUCUUGAACACUACACCGACCUGUAUGAUAUCAAACGAGCCGUAGUGCACACACAUCUGCUCAACCCUGAGUGGCUGGUGAACUUCUUUGGCUCUUUAUCAGUAGAGGACUCUUUGGAGUGUUUGAGGGCCAUGUUGUCAGCCAACAUCAGGCAGAACCUGCAGCUGUGUGUCCAGGUAGCGUCUAAGUAUCAUGAGCAGCUGGGGACUCAGUCAUUAGUGGAGCUCUUCGAAUCCUUCAAGAGUUAUGAGGGCUUGUUUUACUUCCUUGGAUCGAUUGUGAAUUUCAGCCAGGAGCCUGAUGUUCAUUUUAAGUACAUCCAGGCUGCCUGUAAAACUGGCCAGAUCAAAGAAGUGGAGAGAAUCUGCAGAGAGAGCAACUGUUAUGACCCGGAGAGGGUUAAAAACUUCCUCAAGGAGGCCAAGCUAACAGACCAACUUCCUCUUAUCAUUGUGUGUGAUCGCUUUGACUUCGUCCAUGACCUGGUGCUCUACCUCUACCGCAACAAUCUGCAGAAAUACAUUGAAAUCUACGUACAGAAAGUGAAUCCCAGUCGUUUACCAGUGGUGAUAGGUGGUCUGUUGGAUGUAGACUGUGCUGAGGAUGUCAUUAAGAACCUGAUAAUGGUGGUCAGAGGGCAGUUUUCCACUGAUGAGUUGGUGGAGGAAGUAGAGAAGAGGAACAGGUUGAAACUUCUGUUGCCAUGGCUGGAGUCCCGUAUCCAUGAAGGAUGCGAGGAGCCAGCUACCCACAAUGCACUGGCCAAGAUCUACAUUGACAGUAACAACACACCUGAGCGCUUCCUGAAGGAGAACCCGUUCUACGACAGCGCCGUGGUCGGGAAAUACUGCGAGAAGAGAGACCCCCACCUGGCCUGUGUGGCGUAUGAGAGAGGACAGUGCGACCUGGAGCUAAUCAAAGUGUGCAACGAGAACUCGUUAUUCAAGAGUGAGGCACGAUAUCUGGUACGACGGAAAGAUCCAGAGCUUUGGGCGAACGUGUUAGAAGAAAACAACCCCUUCAGAAGACAACUCAUCGACCAGGUGGUGCAGACAGCCCUGUCGGAGACUCAGGACCCAGAGGAGGUGUCAGUCACGGUCAAGGCCUUCAUGACUGCAGACCUGCCCAACGAGCUGAUUGAGCUGCUGGAGAAGAUUGUACUUGAUAACUCUGUCUUCAGUGAGCACAGAAACCUCCAGAACCUGCUGAUUUUGACGGCCAUCAAGGCAGAUCGCACUCGUGUGAUGGAGUACAUUAACAGGCUAGACAACUAUGAUGCUCCAGACAUCGCUAAUAUUGCCAUCAGUAACGAGCUCUUCGAAGAAGCUUUUGCCAUUUUUAAGAAGUUUGACGUGAACACCUCUGCCAUACAGGUUUUAAUAGAGCACAUAGGGAACUUGGAUCGUGCCUAUGAGUUUGCUGAGCGCUGUAAUGAGCCUGCAGUGUGGAGUCAGUUAGCCAGAGCUCAGCUGCAGAGAGACCUGGUCAAGGAAGCCAUUGACUCAUAUAUUAAAGCUGUUGACCCUUCAGCGUACAUGGAGGUGGUCAACGCAGCCAGCAAGAACAAUAACUGGGAAGACUUGGUUAAGUUCCUCCAGAUGGCGCGAAAGAAAGCCAGAGAGUCUUACGUGGAGACGGAGCUGAUCUUUGCUUUAGCUAAAACAAACCGUCUGGCUGAGCUGGAAGAGUUUGUCAGUGGGCCCAACAAUGCCCACAUACAGCAGGUGGGCGAUAGAUGUUAUGAGGAGGGUAUGUAUGAAGCAGCCAAGCUCUUGUACAACAACGUGUCCAACUUUGCUCGCCUUGCAUCAACACUAGUCCACCUCGGAGAGUACCAGGCGGCAGUGGACAGUGCCAGGAAAGCCAACAGCACACGGACAUGGAAGGAGGUGUGUUUCGCGUGUGUGGAUGGCGAGGAGUUUCGGCUGGCACAAAUCUGCGGCCUUCACAUAGUGAUCCACGCCGAUGAGCUGGAGGACCUGAUCAGCUACUAUCAGGACCGCGGGUACUUUGAGGAACUCAUUGCUCUGCUAGAGGCUGCGCUGGGUCUGGAGCGGGCUCACAUGGGCAUGUUCACCGAGCUCGCCAUCCUCUACUCAAAGUUCAAACCUCAGAAGAUGAGGGAGCACCUGGAGUCUUCUGCGUCCAGGUAAAUCC